AUGACCAUUUCAGCUGUCUCGUCCUUGUUCCGCCUUAGCUUAUUCUUGUUCAUUCUACAAGUAAUGAACUUUGGCAGGUUUAGCGCUGCAACGAGAUUCUAUCAAUUCAAGGUACAAACAAUGAGACUCACCAGGCUGUGCCAGACGAAAGAGAUUGUGACAAUCAACGGGAAAUUCCCUGGCCCUGCGAUAACCGCACAAGAAGAUGACAUAAUUGUUAUUAAAGUCAUCAAUAUGACACCCUAUAAUACCACAAUUCAUUGGCAUGGUAUUAAGCAAAAACUAUCAUGUUGGUAUGAUGGUCCAUCUUAUAUCACACAAUGUCCAAUUCAGAGUGGACAGAGUUUCACAUACAACUUCACAGUUGCGCAACAAAAGGGCACAUUCUUUUGGCACGCACACUUUUCUUGGCUUAGGGCUACUGUAUACGGUCCGCUUAUUGUAUAUCCUAAGUCUUCUACUUCUUACCCUUUCAAGAAACCCUUCAAUGAGCACACAAUCCUCUUAGGAGAGUAUUGGCUUAAGAACGUGGUAGAGCUCGAACAACAUGUACUGGAGAGUGGAGGACCUCCUCCUCCAGCAGAUGCAUUCACAAUCAAUGGUCAACCAGGCCCUAACUACAAUUGUUCCUCUAAUGAUGCUUAUGAGAUUAAGAUAGUGCCAAGGAAGACAUACUUGCUAAGGCUGAUAAACGCUGGCAUUAACAUGGAGAGCUUCUUCACCAUAGCUAACCACAGGUUGACCAUAGUGGAAGUAGAUGGCGAGUACACCAAACCUUUUACAACAGAGCGUGUGAUGCUUGUCCCCGGACAGACCAUGAACGUUCUCGUCACAGCUGAUCAAGCCAUUGGGAGAUACUCCAUCGCCAUGGGUCCUUACGAGUCUGCAAAGAACGUCAAGUUUCAAAACACAUCAGCCAUAGCUAACUUCAGAUACUUCGGUGCAUUGCCUAACAGUGUAACAUCACCAGCUAAGUUACCUAUUUUCAAUGAUAAUAUCGCUGUUAAGACUAUCAUGGAUGGGCUCAGAAGUCUAAAUGCAGUUGAUGUCCCAAAAGCUAUCGAUGCUCAUCUCUUUAUCACAAUUGGUAUAAAUGUAAACAAGUGUAACUCUGAAAAUCCAAACAACAAAUGCCAAGGUCCCAGAGAAGGAAGAUUAGCAGCUUCAAUGAACAACAUCAGCUUCAUCGAGCCUAAAGUCUCGAUUUUGGAAGCUUAUUACAAGCAGCUGGAAGGAUACUUCACUUUAGAUUUCCCAACCGCGCCAGAAAAAUCCUACGACUUUGUCAAUGGAGCACCCAAUGACAUAGCCAAUGACACUCAGGCUGCAAACGGCACCAGAGCAAUGGUGUUCGAGUAUGGGAGCAGGAUACAAAUCAUCUUCCAGAAUACUGGGACACUCACAACUGAAAACCAUCCGAUUCAUCUUCACGGGCAUAGCUUCUACGUGAUUGGCUAUGGCACAGGGAAUUACGAUGAAGGAACAGCACAGUUUAACCUGGAGGAUCCUCCUUACUUGAACACUAUUGGAGUCCCUGUGGGAGGAUGGGCUGCAAUUCGGUUUGUUGCCAACAAUCCAGGGCUCUGGUUAUUGCAUUGCCAUUUCGACAUCCAUCAAACAUGGGGAAUGAGCACUAUGUUUAUAGUGAAAGAUGGCAAGACGGUGUUAGAGUCUCUACCUCAUCCUCCUGCAGAUCUACCAAACUGCUAG